AUGGAAUCAUGGGGCAUCCUGCAACGAAAUUCUCCUCUCUUCGCUCUCCACUUCAAACCCCAUUGUCCCCGCGACAUUUGCAUUAGAUAUUUUACUUGCCGCGUGGCAGCCGCCGCACCUCGACGACCGAAUACAUACACUACGCGCUCUCCCCCGGCACUCUUCCUCACGAAAUCCGCCCGCCUGGGCUCGACUUUGGUGGCCAGACAGUCGGCCAAGGGAAGCGCAAAGGACCCCACAACCAUGACUACGACGGUUGAGCUGGCUACGGUCCCCACGGCCGAUACACCGGGGACCUGCAUCUACGUGCACCAUGAGAAGCGAUCUUACGUAUUCGGCCACGUGGCCGAAGGCACGCAACGCGCCUUUUCAUGCCGCAAGCUGCACCUCGGUGGCACGGAGCACCUCUUCCUGUCCGGCGCUGUCGGCUGGUCGCAAAUGGGCGGCCUUAUCGGCUACCUCUUGAGCAUCGGCGGUGCUUUUGACGCGGCCAAGGAGUUCCGCGCAACGGAGAAUUCCAAGCGCGCCGAAAAGGGCCAGAAACUGCUACGCCAACUCCGGAACGAGGGCGUGACGGUCCAUGGGGCGGACAACCUAUGUCAUAUCCUCGCUGCGGCGCGGCCCGUCAUUUUUCGCCAACCAGUCUCAGUGCGCGCAAUGGAGCAGAGGGAGGACCCACGCGGUGAAGACCCUACGCUGACGGCUCCAGAUUGGGAGGAUGAGUCGAUUCGCGUGUGGAAGAUUCCGGUGCGGAGGGCCCGCUCGAAUAGUCCAACCAAGCGGCGACGCAGCAACAGCUCGACAAGCAAUGGGAGUAGUAGCGGCAUGUAUAAGCCGGCUUCGGAGCCCUCGGAUCCUUCCGUGGCAGGCUUGAUUAUGGAAAAGAUAAUGUUCACUGGCAGCCAUGAUAAAAUCAUUCUGGUCCCCAAGAGCAUUGACGAGCUGAAACCAGAGGACGACGCGAUCGUAAUCGACGGCAAUAGCAUGCGCCGCUAUGAUGGUCCCUUUGGUGCGGAUGCGCUCCAGUCAUUCGGCAGCGCAGCCAAGGCUUGGGUAUUCCCUGACGCCAACGCUGUGCCCUCCAAGGGAGAUAUGGAUGGCAUCAACGCUAUCUCGCACGGCGCACUGCCGCGAACAUCGUACUCGGAAACCUCGAUGAGUUACAUUAUGAAAUGCCACGACCGACGAGGCAAGUUCAAUGCCCAAGCCGCCAAGGAGCUUGGCGUGAAACCUCAAAGCUUCAAGCUCUUGACAGCUGGUGAGACUGUCACAACAGACGGCGGCACUGUCGUCACUCCGGACAUGGUGUUGGGGGAGCGCCAGCCUGGCAAGGGCAUCGCUGUCGCUGAUAUCGGCAGCCGCGACUUUCUCGACGCAUUCUUCGAGCGUCCCGAGUGGACAAACCCCGAAAUCAUGUCCGACGUCACGUCCAUGUACUGGAUUGUCGGCGAUGGUCUCGCCUCGGAUCCCAAGAUUCAGCAAUACAUCAAAGCACAUCCGGACAUUAAGCAUGUCCUAUGCUCCUCUAGCACAUGCCCCAACAUGGUCAGCAAUGCAAGCUCCGCUGAGAUGCUCGCUAAACUGCGUCGUAUCGAUCCUGAACGGUUCCCCUUUGUCAGCUUCGACAACACUGUCGACUAUCAAACGCCUGAUAAUGUCCCCUCCAUUGAGCUUGGUAGAGCGGGCCACAAGGUCCAGAUCAUGCCGCGACUGUUUUACAAGGACGACGCCAUUGCACCGUUUCCUGAUUUGCAUGCUGCGUUUAACUCUGUUGACGAGGAAACCCUCGCGCUCGCUCAGAAGGCCAAGGCGAAAGCCACCGACCCGGCAUUUCUUGCGCGCAUCGAGCGCCAGGAAGCUGACAUUCCCAACCGCGACACUGAAAUCAUUCCCCUCGGCACAGGCUCCAGCGUGCCCAACAAGCACCGCAAUGUGUCUGGCACUUUGAUACGCGUCCCCGGCAUCGGCAACUACCUUCUUGACUGCGGUGAAGGCACGCUCGGCCAAAUCAAGCGUCUGUUUGGUGCCGAGGAAACCGCCUAUAUCCUGCGCGACCUGCGCUGCAUCGUCGUCAGCCACCUUCACGCAGACCACCACAUGGGCAUGGCCACCACCAUCAAAGCUUGGUAUGAGCAGGCUCUCGCCGACAAGAGCGAUGCCCUCAUCGCCAUCAGCUGCAUCGGUCGCUACCGCACUGUCCUGCAAGAAAUCUCCCAGGUCGAGGAUAUUGGCUUCCACCGACUACGAUUCCCAAGCUGCUCGGACUCGCGCGCCGACCGUGAUCGCGACACCACGACGGCGGAGCAGCUCGCCGCCCUCGGCGCGCAAGACUCGUUUGGCCUGCGCGGCAUCAAACGUGUGCCGGUCGCGCACUGCUGGCGGUCCUACGCUACGGAGCUCGAGCUCGUCUCGGGCCUGCGCGUCGCCUGGUCCGGCGACUGCCGCCCGUCGAGCAAGUUUGCGCAGGCGUGCCGCGGCGCGCACCUCCUGGUGCACGAGUGCACCUUUGGCGACGACAUGCAGGACCACGCCAAGUACAAGAUGCAUAGCACCAUGGGCGAGGCGCUGGGCGUGGCCCGCGAGAUGCAGGCGCGGCGCACGCUGCUGACGCACUUUUCGCAGCGCUACAGUAAAGCGGACGCGCUGCAGCCCAGCGAGGACAGCGGGACGCCCGACGAGGACAAGGAGGAGUCGGUCCUGCUGGCGCAUGAUCUGAUGCGCGUCAAACUGGGCGACUUUCAAAAGGCAGCUUGCUACAUCCCUGCGAUUGCGCAGGUCGUGGCCAAGACGUCCGACGCCUAG